AUGGACGGUGAAUUUGAGUCGAAAACACCAUCCGACAUUGAGCUGGGGAGAGACGCCCCCGGGGAAGGACAGGAAGGGCAUGAAACUGGAGGUUUUGAGAAAGGGUCCUUCAAGGAGACUGAACGUGGACCGGACGACGAGGACGUCGGGGACUUGGCCGGCGAGCAAUACCCCGUAACGGACCCCAAUAAAGGCAUUGUAGGAUGA